AUGGAAGCCGAAUACUUGAGGAGCGAGACCGCCUUUCUGGAAGAGUUGGUGUUUGGAAGUGGAGAUACCAUUGAACUUUCCUGUAACACGCAAGGCUCUUCUGUGUCUGUUUUCUGGUUUAAAGAUGGUAUCGGGAUUUCACCUACCAACAGAACUCAUAUUGGACAAAAACUGUUGAAGAUAAUCAAUGUGUCAUAUGAUGACUCAGGGCUGUACAGUUGCAAGCCGAGGCAUUCCAACGAGGUCUUGGGAAACUUUACAGUCAGAGUUACAGAUUCCCCUUCAUCGGGUGAUGAUGAAGAUGACGACGAUGAGUCAGAAGAUACAGGUGUCCCCUUCUGGACCCGGCCAGAUAAGAUGGAGAAGAAGCUACUGGCAGUUCCCGCCGCCAACACCGUUCGCUUCCGAUGUCCGGCGGGUGGAAACCCAACUCCUUCCAUCUACUGGCUGAAAAACGGCAAGGAGUUCAAAGGAGAGCAUAGGAUUGGGGGCAUCAAGUUGCGACACCAACAGUGGAGCUUGGUGAUGGAGAGUGUUGUGCCGUCAGACCGAGGAAAUUACACCUGUGUCGUGGAGAACAAAUAUGGCAAUAUUAGGCACACGUACCAGCUUGACGUAUUAGAAAGGUCACCCCACCGACCAAUCCUACAGGCAGGGCUCCCUGCCAACCAGACCGUGGUGGUAGGGAGCAACGUGGAGUUUCACUGCAAGGUCUACAGCGAUGCCCAGCCCCACAUCCAGUGGCUGAAACACGUGGAAGUCAACGGCAGCAAAUAUGGACCCGAUGGAACACCCUAUGUCACGGUGCUGAAGACGGCAGGUGUUAACACAACGGAUAAGGAGCUAGAGAUUCUGUACUUGCGAAAUGUUACUUUUGAGGAUGCUGGGGAAUAUACUUGUCUCGCAGGGAAUUCUAUUGGGUUCUCACAUCACUCUGCUUGGCUGACGGUGCUACCAGCGGAGGAGCUCAUGGAAAUGGAUGAUUCGGGCUCGGUGUACGCUGGCAUUCUCAGUUACGGCACUGGCUUUGUUCUCUUCAUCCUGGUGCUGGUCAUUGUGAUUAUCUGCAGGAUGAAAAUGCCAAACAAAAAAGCCAUGAACACCCCCACUGUACAGAAAGUCUCCAAAUUUCCACUCAAGAGACAGGUGUCGCUGGAGUCCAACUCUUCCAUGAAUUCCAACACGCCCCUGGUCCGGAUCACGCGUCUCUCCUCCAGUGACGGGCCGAUGCUGGCCAACGUCUCCGAGCUGGAACUGCCUCCUGAUCCCAAGUGGGAAUUGGCACGCUCUCGCCUGACCUUGGGGAAGCCGCUUGGCGAGGGGUGUUUUGGCCAGGUGGUGAUGGCAGAAGCGAUUGGGAUUGAUAAGGACAAGCCAAACAAGGCCAUCACAGUUGCUGUCAAGAUGUUAAAAGAUGAUGCCACAGAUAAGGACCUUUCUGACCUGGUCUCUGAGAUGGAAAUGAUGAAAAUGAUUGGGAAGCACAAAAACAUCAUUAACCUCCUCGGUGCCUGCACGCAGGACGGACCGCUCUACGUGUUGGUGGAAUACGCAUCGAAGGGGAACUUGCGGGAAUACCUCAGGGCACGUCGCCCACCUGGCAUGGACUAUUCCUUCGACACCUGCAAGCUGCCGGAGGAGCAGUUGACAUUUAAAGACCUGGUUUCCUGCGCCUACCAGGUGGCCCGGGGCAUGGAGUACUUGGCAUCUCAGAAAUGCAUUCAUCGCGACUUGGCAGCCAGGAACGUGUUAGUCACUGAAGAUAAUGUGAUGAAAAUAGCCGAUUUUGGCCUCGCUAGAGACGUUCACAACAUCGACUAUUACAAGAAAACCACCAAUGGUCGGCUGCCUGUGAAAUGGAUGGCUCCAGAAGCCUUGUUUGACCGAGUCUAUACUCACCAGAGCGAUGUCUGGUCUUUUGGAGUGCUACUAUGGGAGAUCUUCACUUUGGGAGGGUCUCCGUACCCGGGAAUUCCCGUUGAGGAACUCUUCAAACUCUUGAAGGAAGGACAUCGGAUGGACAAACCCGCAAACUGCACCCAUGAUUUGUACAUGAUCAUGCGGGAGUGCUGGCACGCGGUCCCCUCGCAGCGGCCCACCUUCAAGCAGCUGGUGGAAGACCUGGACAGGGUCCUCACCGUGACGUCCACCGAUGAGUACCUGGACCUCUCAGUGCCCUUCGAGCAAUACUCACCAGCCGGCCAGGACACCCACAGCACCUGUUCCUCGGGGGAUGACUCGGUCUUUGCACAUGACCUGCUGCCCGAUGAGCCCUGCCUGCCCAAGCACCCCCCCUGCAAUGGCGUCAUCCGGACAUGAGGACACCC